AUUCACAUUCAUGGCACUAUCACACUCUCACGUCCUCACAAGACAUAACUACAUACAGCAACAAUGACUUCCUCUGAGAUUUCCGCGAGCGUAAUCAAAAGCAAUGGCGACUCCGCCGCGGAUAUACAACAAACACAUGUCAACGCAGUGAAUCUAGCCAACGGAGAAAAGGACAAGGCUGAUUUAGUACAAGGUAUACUUAACCAAGUACAAACAAGGUUUCAGGUAAUGACCGAUACAGUCGUAGAAAAGAUAGACUCUAUGGGUAAGCAGAUAGAUGAUCUGCAGACCCAGAUUGCUGUACUGGAAGAUCAACUGAAGAAAAAUUACCCCGAUGAUUCGGCGGACAAGUAGGGACUUUGAUAAUUAGUAGCUGUUGGUUACUAUGGUUACAUUAUUGUUAGAUGCAGCAAGUAUUCUUUUUUUGCGACAGCGAGUGAGGUUUUGACAUUUACUAUCAACCAUGCUCAGGUGUCUUCCAAUGCAGGCCAGUGCAUUGAGCCUUCCCUUUCAAACUGAGUUGUCAAAGAACCAUUCAUAAGUUGUAGGAUGUGUAGGUUUUCAGUUUUCUACUUGCGGAGGAAAUACCACACCAUUUAGCAAGACGUAUUGCUAUACAGAACUUCUUGUUGUACGGGUUCUUCUUAUUAAUGAGAAAGGAGAGAGGAUUCCAUGAGCGUACAAGAAUUUGCGUGCUGUAUGCACUGUUUUGGAACAAACGCUGAUCUCACAGGGACAAGGAGUGUAUCACACUCCAAGGCAAAAAGUUGACACUGUAUGUAUUCAUAACUAUGAGGAGCAUAUGGAGCAGUUGUCAAUUGUAUGAAGUUUAAGGAGUGGUUGUCUGGGAGCAUAUGCUGAGUCUUCGAAGAGUCCCAUUUAUCAACGUACGAAUCAUUUGAGUAAACAAUGUUUGCGAAAUUCCCGGAGACUUCAGAACAGAACUGUUGACAUAGCCAUACAUUUGAAUACAAAUUUUCCAAAGGUGCUUGAGCGCACG